GCGCUGAUGCCGGACGGGCGAUGGCUCCCUCUGCAGCCGCCGCCUUCAGGGGGUCUCCUCUUUGCGGGUGACAUGCUGGAACGGAUGACAAACGGGCAGGUGAGGGCCCUGGUGCACCGUGUUUGUUUAGAUCUCGGCCACGAGAGCUCCGUGCCGUCUGUGGUGCGGCAGUCGCACAUCCUGUUCAUACAGCCGGACAGGAACACAGUGGUGCGGCCCCUUCGGCCUUUCUGCACUGGCAAUGACUUGCCUCCCGUGCGCUAUGGAGACUGGCACAAGAGCAAGACCAGUCUGGCGUUUGCUCGAUGA